UGCUGAUCUGUUUCCUUUUUAUUUGUUGUAUACAGCAAGAUGCAUGAGGCUGUAGUAAGUUCUGUACAAUCUUUCCUAGAAUCAGAACUUUUAUUUUUGAAACUACAGUAGCUGUUGAUUCAUUUAAUUUCAUUUAAGUCCUGGAAGUUUCUUUAAAGACAAGAGCAGAUAGCAAGAUACAGAGUGGUUUGAAAACUUUCUCUUCCAAUGAAGUCAAGGGAAGAGAUGGUAACAACUGACUGUUGGCGUCUCAAAGAAGAUGAAACUCAAAGCAGUCUGAAGACUUAAGAUAAAGUUCUGCCUCAAACAGAACUGAAGCAUUUUAGUUUCAAAUUCAAUUGAAGUGCAAAGUAUUUGUAAGGGCACAUGAUACAAUUACUCCUUCGAUCAUGCUUCUGCUUAGCCUUACCUGGUAUGAGAUGAUUUCCGUUAGCCUGGCAAACGGAGAACCAGCAAUAACUGCUUCUAUUAUGGCACCCAGUGAGCUGCACAUUGUUAAGCAUGACUUUGGAGUUAUUCUCUCCUGGAACAGUAACAUUACGGAAGAAACUAAGACAUAUUAUGUGAAGUAUGUUUUGAUUUAUAAGUUCGAUACAGCUAAGGAAAUAACAGAAAGACUUCAAGAAAAGGAAAAGAUGAUAAGACUUGGGUUACACUCUGGUUUCCAUGCUAAAGUUAAAACACAGCUUCUUUCAAAAGAAUCAGACGACAUUAUAAAGGAGAGUAACUGGACCGAAUUUACUUACAAGGCACCGCCAGUAUAUAUCCAAAAUUUCUCAUGCGUCAUAUAUAACAUUUCCAAUUUAAAUUGUACCUGGGACAUUAAAACAGAAGCUCCUGAGGAUGCUCAGUAUUUUCUUUCCUACAGGCACAGUAGAGAAGAGUUUCAAUGCCAACUAUAUUUAACAAAUGCAAAGAACAAAAACAUUGGAUGUCACAUGAAAGAAGUAUAUUUUAAUCACGCUAAUAAAAUCAGAUUUAAUAUAACUGUAAAGGAACUAAGCAACAGUUCAGAAAACCAUUCCUAUUACAAAAAAUGUAUACCUCAAAGACUAGAGAAACUGAACCCUCCAAUCAAUGUGUCUAUAUCACUUGAAAACAGAAGGAUUAAAAUUAACUGGAAACCACCACCUACUAUUGGUUCAGCAAAAAAAAAUUGCUUUACAUACCAAGUGAAAAUUACAGAUCUAGAGCCCAUAGAUGUUUCUGAAGAGGAAUAUGUGCAUCCAAUUCAUGAUCCAGCAAAACAAUAUGUUAUUCAAGUCAGAGCAAAGAAAACAACAUGUAUAAGUAACAAGUUUUGGAGUGAAUGGAGUGAACCAGUUUUUAUUAAUGAUGAAUAUAAAGAUUAUAAAAUGAACACCUGGAAGCUGCUCAUACUAAUUUUGUUUCCCUCCAUGAUCUUCACUGGAGGAUUGCUGAUAUUUCUUUGUAGAAGGUAUAAAUGCAUUGAUCCUAUACUCACACCUAUCCCACACCCUUCAGACAGAAUCAGAAUCUGGUUAGCUUCUGAUGCUGCUCUGUGUCAGCAGGAGUAUGACCUGGUUCUCCAAACUCCCAACAUGCUGUUUGUCAGCGAUCUGAGCACACCUGUCACAGAACUAAGUUUCAACACAAGUGAAGUGAACAUGCACUCCGAGAUCAUGUUGGUCCCUCUGGAAAAGGACAAACACAAGGGGAUUAACUAAUGAAGAUUCUUAAGCAUCUGGAAAACAGCCUACAUGUACUAGCAUAUGUAUCCUGAGGGAUGAUAAUCCUCAUUGCUGUGUGAGUGGGUUAUCUUUUCUGUGCUGAAUUAUCUUGUGGAGAUACUCCAGCUGAAUCCAAAUAGGUCUGAGCCAGGAACCAGUCUGAGCCCAGCAAUUUGACAGAUCUCAAAAAGGUUCUACUAGUGACAUUAUGAGACUCCUGAAAUGUGUAUUUGGGUCACAAAAGCAGACACCAGAGACAGCUUGCAGUUUGUCUUUUACUACUCCUCCUCCUCUUAACCACAACACUAUUAUAGCGACAUAAUAGAGAGUUAAAGCCUGUUCAGGUGAAAUGACGUGAGAUGGUUUUUGGAUGCAAAUUAAGCUAGGAUUUGGGAUUAGAGUCGAAAGUCAAAUCAGGGAUAGUGUUUGGGUUUUCAUUUCAUAACACUGUUAUCACAUGAGAUUGUGGCCAGAAGAACAAGAUCAACUGUUUUUACAAGAUCAAUGGGUAGUUGUUAAACACCUGACUGAUUUAUGGGCAAGCUGAAUUGUGGGCGAUGACUGUUUUUUAUAACAUUCCUGGAGGUAACAGCUGUAUAGAACUUUGAGACAUGUAUAAUCUGAUAACCUGUAUAAACAAUCAUAUUGUUGAUAAGCAGACAUCAGCAAAGAAAUGAUAGCCUUGUAUAAAGAUGUAAGAUCCUUCAAUGCUAAUGAAGAGCUGGCUUUUGGACAUUGUAACGGGGUGGCCUGCCCAUUUAGGCGCCAAAGACCUGGAGGUGGCCACUCCCAACUAGUUAGUUUAUGGGCCACACACGAGAGAGGGAAAAAAAAUGGAUUUCUACCAAGCCUAUCUAUAAAAGAGCAGCAGGAAGCCAUGAGGUCAGAGAGACUCUGAACAAACAGAAAGAUGGGACUUCAAAGCUCUCCAGGCAGGGAGAGACCCUGAGCAAGCGGGAGAAGGAAUGCAGGGCUCUCCAGGCAGAGAGAGACCCUGAGCAAGCGGGAGAAGGAACGCAGGGCUCUCCAGGCAGGGGAGAAGCCCGAGGCCUUACAGCAGAAGAAUCUGUUGCUGGAAUCCAGAAACUUUUGUUUGGGGAUUCUUAUGUUUUGUCUGGGCUCAGAGGGUAGAUCCUUUAACUUAUUUCCACGGUUCCUUUCAGAUUACUUUAUUAAAUGAAGAUACGCUGACAUUAAUUAGAGAGUUUGGCUUCUUUUUGAUGGGGCUGUUAAAGUGACCUCAUUGUUACCUCAUCAAAAGGGAAAACCGAGGCAGGCUGCAGCAGAGAGGUAUGAAAGCAGGGUCUGAAUGAGCUUUCCACUGACAGCUAGCUGGGGAAGGGAAAAGACUUCAGGACCAGACUGUAUUUACAUGAACACAUCCACUCCACCUAGGUAUCCAGCGGACCGCUAUGUAGCUUCAAGUGAUCAACUUUGGCUGGUGUUGGGUUACAAAUUACUUUAGUACUUAAUUCAGGGGUAGUUAAAUGUUGUUAUCUUUAUUGUAUGAGUAAAGGGCAGCAGAACUGUGCUAAGGUCACCCUCAAAUGAAAUGAACUCACUAAGUCAGGGACUCGAAUGCCAGACCAGUGUGAAAGUAGGAGGGGGUGAGGAUAGAUGUCCUUGCCAGAAGGUGUAGACUCUAUUUCAAAGCCCCACGCACAGUUUAAUCUGCCUCUCCCCACUGUUCAACCAUAGAGCUAAGUGAGUCUUUUGUUAAGUAAUCACCAGAGCUUAAAUCACUUGUUGUGGGACAGCAUUUCUGCCCAGCUUGCUUCAGCAGCCAAACUCCCCCAUUAAGAGAUGACAAUCACUGAGGCGAACCUCAAGAGACUGACCUGCAGCGAUCACAACAGAGAAGUAGCGGGCAGCAGAAGGUGACUGUGUGUAGUGCAGCAGCUGGAAAGGUGGCCAGCAGAGUAGAACUGUAGCUUGCAGGAAGGUGGCUGACAGAGCAGCGACUGGUGGAGCGACAGCCGGCCAGUGAAGUGGCGGCUGGUGGAGCAGCCAGCAUAACAGGGAGCGGCUGGCGGGGCGGCCAGCGGAGCAGUGAUUGGCCAGCAAGGCAGUGAAACCAGAGCAAAUGCUCGGAGGUGGAGCAAGCAAGGUGCCCUUCACCCCCCACAACCGGUAGGAGGUGACCUCACAUAGAUGCACUUCUGAACUCUGGGUGCACACUGACCAAGGACAACCACUGUGAGUGAGGUGUGGUGAGAGAGCAGAGAGGGGCAUGGAAAGGGAACUUUUGGUUGUAGAACUUAAGAUCCUGAGACAGAAGACACUGCCCCAUGCAUCUGGGGUGGAUGUUUUGCUCACAGAUUUAUGUUUAUUAAACCUGCUUCUGGCAUUUUCCCUAAUUAAUGUUGGGUAACUGCCCUCCUUUCAUUAAAAGUUUAUCUUCUAUACUCAUGCUCUGUGCUUGGUGUGGGGAAAUAUUGACUCUUAGAGGCACCGAGGGGUGGUGUGUAAUUGUCCCAGGUUACUGGGAGGGGGCUCGAGCCAUUUCUGUGUUGUACUGUUGAAAAGGAACCUUUAGAUAUUGAACCCAGCACUGGUUGCUGCCAACUCCACCUGGCAGAAGAGCUAUAUUUACUUAACCGGAAAGGGGCACUACAGAACAGGCAUGUCCACUUACAGACAUCUGUAAGCAAAGUCUGAAUGAACUAUGACCUGACAGCUAGUUUGGGAGGGGGAGAGACUUCAGGAGCAAACUGUAUUUACAUGAACACCUACUCUGCAUAGGUAUCUAGCAGACAGGAGUUGUGUAGCUCCAAGUGAUCAGCUUUGGCUGGUGUUGGGUUACAAAUCACUUUAGCAUUGAAUGCAGGGGUAGUGAAAUGUUGUUAUCUUCAUUGUAUGACUAAAGAGGAGCAGAAUUGUGCUGAACUUGUCCCAACUGAGUGGUCACCCUCAGCUGAAAGAAACUUGCUAAGCCAGGGGCUUGAAUGCCAGACCUCUGGGACAGUAAAAGGGGUGGGAACAGGUAUCCCAACUACAAGGCAUGGACAGUCCCCAGUCUGGUUUAAUCUGUUCUUCCCCACUGUUCAAAGAGAGAGCUAAAUAGGCUUUAUUAAGAGCCUUUUGUUAUGUUAACAAGCUCAGAUGAGAUCUGAAACAACUUAUGGUAGGGCAGUGUUUCUUCCCAGCCUGCAAAGAGCUGAAAAUCACUAAGAGACUGAUGUUCAUAGUCACAACAGAGACAGCGGAAGGUGACUGACAGUCAGCUUGCAAGGUGGCGAGUCAAACAAGCGGCUGGCGAGGCCACCAGCGGUGAGGAACCAUGGCUGGCAGGGCAGCCAACCAGAGCAAGUGUUCAGAUGGCGGAGUAAGCUAGAUGCCUUCUUCCCGGGGUGGGAGGUGAACUCACACAGAUGCACCUCUGAACCCUGCAUCCUCUUGGAGUGAGUGGGGCAUGGUGAGGAAGCAGAGAGGGGCACAGAAAAGGAACUGCUGGUUGUAGAACUCAAAAACAUGAGGCAGAUGAUUCUGCCCCACGCACGCUGGGGUGGGUGUCCAGCUCAUAGUUUUGUGAUUAUGAAUCCUGCUUGUG